UUAAAUGAUUAUCAACCGCAACAACAAACACAUUAGAAAAGUGAUUAAGAGAAAGAGGAUUUUUUUUCGAAGAGAGAAUAAAAGAAAAAUUUGUUUAAAAGAGAGUUUUGUUAGCUGAGUAAAGAAGGAGUACUCUUUGCUUUUAGUAUUAAAAGCGAAUCCUCAACCAGCAACAAUUGCAGCCGCUAGUCUUUUUUUGUUUUUUCUUUCUUUGCCUACAAUAAUAUAAUCAGUCUUAGUUGAUUGCUUUGGCCGUUAAUAACGUUCGUAAUAUUAGCAAAUAGAAGGGGAUAGUAAAAACUCGAAAAAAAUGUCUGAAAAAACUAAUGUUUGCAUCGUGGGAUCCGGUAAUUGGGGUUCGGCUAUAGCAAAAAUUGUUGGUGCCAAUUGUGCUGCUUUGCCCGAAUUUGAAGAUCGUGUCACUAUGUACGUAUAUGAAGAGAUGAUCGAUGGGAAAAAGUUAACAGAAAUCAUUAAUACCUCGCAUGAGAAUGUUAAAUAUUUACCUGGACAUAAAUUACCAGCAAAUGUGGUUGCUGUACCUGAUUUAGUAGAGGCUGCCAAAAAUGCUGAUAUUUUAAUAUUUGUCGUACCGCAUCAAUUCAUUCCCAGUCAAUGUAAAAUGUUGUUGGGCAAAAUCAAGACGAACGCAUUGGCCAUUUCAUUGAUUAAGGGUUUCGAUAAAGCCGAAGGAGGGGGUAUUGAUUUAAUUUCGCACAUCAUUACGCGCCAUUUAAAUAUACCAUGCGCGGUAUUAAUGGGCGCCAAUCUGGCUAAUGAAGUAGCCGAAGGACAUUUCUGUGAGACAACGAUCGGUUGUCGUGAUCCAAAAUAUGCCAAAACAUUACGUGACCUCUUCCAAUCAGAAAAUUUUAGGGUCGUGGUAGUGCAGGAUUCCGAUGCCGUAGAAAUAUGUGGAGCUUUAAAGAAUGUGGUGGCUAUGGGGGCGGGUUUUGUAGAUGGUCUAGGCUUAGGCGAUAAUACUAAGGCGGCUGUCAUUCGCUUAGGUUUAAUGGAAAUGAUACGUUUCGUAGAAAUCAUGUAUCCGGGUGGCAAACUGACAACAUUCUUCGAAAGCUGCGGUAUAGCCGAUUUGAUUACCACUUGCUAUGGCGGUCGUAAUCGUCGCUGCGCUGAAGCUUUUGUGAAGACUGGCAAAACAUUGGCCGAGAUAGAAGCUGAAUUGUUGAAUGGUCAGAAGCUUCAAGGACCGCUUACCGCUGAAGAAGUCAAUUACAUGCUGAAGAGCAAGAAAUUGGAAGAGAAAUUCCCUUUAUUCACUGCGGUUCAUGAAAUCUGUACCGGUCAAAUAAAACCGCAAUGUUUGAUUGAAAGAAUACGUGCUCAUCCCGAACACACGCAAAAUUUUUAAAUAGUUUUUACCCUUCGAAGUACUAAAAUGGGAUUUUUAUUUUUUAUUUUUUUUAUGAAGGAAUAUAAAUACUCCCUCUCUCUUUAUUUUACUUUUAUCACAAAUUGUUUUGUUUAUUUAAA